GAGAUCCACAACCCCACCCAGGAAGAGGUUAUCUUCAAUUUGAGAAACAACAGUGAAUUAAAACCCGUAUCUACAAAGCUAUGAGAUCUCCAAGAUGUCCGAUCUGUGGCCUAGGGUUUGGACGAACCCAUAUUGGGUGGAUGAAUGAUCUUCACUGUGGUAAGGUCGCCAGAGUCUUGAGUCCGGGCGCUCCAUUUAACACUCUUCUAGUGCACUGGAACAGCUCAAACGUAGAAAUCAUCAAUAUUUAUCAAUAUGAAGACGGUAUGUUUGAAGCGGAGGAUACCAUUUACACUCCUGGCCUUCAGGAUGAUGGCUCGUAUGUUUUUGGGAUACACUCCAGCUGCGAAGAUAUCCUACAAAGAGCCUUGCGGGACGCUGGCUUUGGUGCCAUUCCUCUGAUUCUCUGCAAGUUGCUACAAGUCAUUCCAUUUUCCACGUUCUUUGAGGGCGACAAUGCAGCGAUCCACAUCGAAAUCGAUGGCAUUCUCAUUCGUGAGCUUCCUGAACCUCCAGAUGAAUAUGAUGAGGAUGAAAGGCUUGAUGAUUUCAUAUUUGCACCUCCUUUGGGAGUCUGCUGGAAUGAUCUAGAGGCCUUCGACCCAACUUCUGCAGAAGAUAAAGUCAGGCACAUUUUUGAGGGAGCGCGGUCAGAUGAUCUUCUCACAUUGCCCCCAGAGAUUAUACUUGCAAUUAUCUCUUACUUACCAACUCAAGACCUUCAGAAGCUGAGAAGUGUAAGCACUGCUGCGGCACUAGCACCACUCUCGACGCAUUUCUGGUCUAUUCGCAUGGCAAGUGAUAUGCCUUAUGCAGAUUUCAUAAAAGGAAACCCCUGUGCUCGACUUGAUAUAAGAUAUAAACACCUCAAGCAAAUCUUGCGUCAGCGGACAAGUCGGGCGGCGAAUUCUCUGCGAAACCUGCGGAGGAUAUAUAAUCUUGCCCGUCGACUUUGCACCAUCAUUCAAUUGCGCUCUCCAAUCGAUCAGAGAAAGGAACCUUCUCUUCUUGAGUUGAAUCCAACGGUUCGGGAAAUCCAAACGAUUGAUAUACAGCUACCAUUGCCACCUCUGCAGGUUUCAUUCAUUACCGUUGGUCACACCUCUUAUAUCACUGGCAUCCAGUUUUCUUUAGAUGACAUCAACGGAUGCGGCUUUCAUUACAAUGGCCCCUCUAAAUACCUACCUGGAUGUCCUAGGAACGAUUCUGGCCAGCUUUUAUUUUCUGAAAGGCACAAUGGAUUCGUCGGUCUUGGAUUUGAACAAGGUCAGGGACAGGAGGCAUUUCUUGGCCAAUUCUCUGGGGAUAAUAUCUGCAAGAGCAAGACCGCGUUCCAAAAGGGCGAUAUACUGCGUCUGAACUUUGACGUGAGUAGCAACUCCGAGCUUUAAAUACCCGGUAAUUAACGAUUUAUAGAGCUUCAAGCUUUCAUCUGUCAAGAUCGGCCCGCGAGAUUCGCUCAAGGCACCUGUGGUGUGGCUGCCAGAGCUACCCAUAUAUGACACAAGCCUCCUCUCAUCGCACUGCCAACCCU